AGAAAAUGGACUUUACUGCAGUUAAUCGAUCUCCACUAAACACGAGCAAAACUAAAUAAAUGUAUACUUUCUCAAAGGCCAAACGAUGGGUUGAUCCCAAAGACAACGUGUAUUUACACACAUAACUCAAAUUAGUUGCCCUCCAAUUUAUCAGCUGCCAACUACAUUGAGCAAGAGAGCAGCUGGGAUCGGAUAUGGAAAGAAGAUGAACAUAACCCAGGAAACCAUUUCGCCUGCUCCCAAUUCCUAUUAGGUUCAGACUGCCAGAGAACAUGGAUGGACCAUGGGAUUGGGUAGAGAUGUAACUCUAUUGUUCCAAUUCUCAAGCGAGCCAAUAAAUUUGAGAGCAUAUUCUUGGGAUUAGUCCAAAAGACACCUGGACCAGGAUCAUACAAUUUUAAAGAUCCCUAGUCAGCAGUUCGUUACAGCAUAAGACAGCGAUUACAAAGCAGAAGAAACAAAGACAGAAAACCCGGACCGUAUUCCUAUGAACCUAUUCUAGAGGCGAAUAUGAUUUACCGAGCAGCAUAAACAGUCGAGGCAAGUAUGCCCUCAGUUAAUAUCGAGAGUAAUUAUAUAUGACGCUAUCAAAUAAAAAGUUCAGGAGCUGUGAUUCUCUCGCCUCCCAGAGCCCAUUCUGACAGAAAAUUAAGAGAAAGCACUCCAGGACCAGGGUCAUACAAAGAGACAGGCAACAUGGACCCACUGGGCACUUACUUUUGCUCCAAAUUUGGGGCAAGCAGAUGCAACAAAUUUCCCAGAGCUCAGCGCAUACUCUCAGAAAAUAGAGAGGGAUCACCUGGACCAGGACAAUAUAAAUUGCCUUCAGAUUUCGGAUUCUGA